CGACAAAAUCUGUUCACCACCUUGCCGCUUGUGGUCUCUCCCUCCCUCCCGUGUGCGUGCGGCGUUGCGUCACUCAUCCAUCCAUCCUCACCCCCGCUUACCCAUCCUGCUUCUGCCUCACUCGAUUCAGUUCAAGUGACCAGCACCGGCCACCGGGAAGCAGCGGGGAGCGCAGUGGGAAAGAAGGAACGCCGCAAGAGAAGGGCGGUGCGACCGUGCUGCUCGCCGCGGCAGAGAUCCGGCGGCGGCGCCCGAAUCGACGGCCAUGAUGAGGCACAGAGCUCGCUCUUCCCCCAGCUCCCCUCUCACCCCAUCCUCCAACACGAGAGUGAAGAAGAUAUUUGGUUUCUCUGUUUCUCUCAUCCUCAUCAAUCUGGCUUCUAUUAUGGAGCGUGCUGAUGAGAAUCUUCUUCCAGCAGUUUACAAGGAAGUCGGUGCAGCCUUCAAUGCUGGUCCCACUGACCUGGGAUACCUUAAUUUUGUAAUGAACUUUCUUAAGUCGAUAGCAUCACCCUUGGCCGGCAUCCUUGCUCUUCACUAUGAUCGCCCAGCAGUGCUUGCAAUAGGAACUGUCUUCUGGGCCUUAUCAACAGGGGCUGUUGGUGUUAGCCAGCAUUUUCAGCAGGUUGCAUUCUGGAGAGCUAUAAACGGCCUUGGACUUGCCAUUGUAAUACCAGCACUUCAGUCGUUCAUAGCGGAUAGCUACAAAGAUGGUACGCGCGGAGCUGGGUUUGGUUUGUUAAGCCUCAUCGGUGCAGUAGGAGGUAUAGGUGGUAGUAUUGUGGCAACACUCAUGGCUGGGAAGGACUACUGGGGAUUGCCCGGGUGGCGUCUUGCUUUUAUUAUGGUUGCGCUUGUCAGCUUCAUAAUUGGAAUUCUUGUGUACUUGUAUUCUACUGAUCCAAGAAGAAUCCCUGGAAAUCAUCUUCUUGAUGAUGACGACUACGAGAGGUCACAUCUGUCCAGAAAAGAUGCUCUUCCUCCGACCUCUAUCUGGAUGGAUUCUUGGGUAGCAAUGAAGAGUGUUAUGAAAGUGAAGACAUUUCAGAUCAUUGUGUUGCAGGGGAUAAUUGGCUCAUUGCCCUGGACUGCCAUAGUUUUCUUCACCAUGUGGUUUGAACUCAUUGGUUUUGACAAUAGGAGUUCUGCAGCAUUGAACAGCCUAUUCGCCAUUGGGUGCGCCAGUGGAGCUCUCCUUGGUGGUGUACUAGCAGACCGCCUGUCACGACACUAUCCUGAUUCUGCACGCAUCAUGUGCGCUCAGUUUAGCGCCUUCAUGGGCAUUCCUUUCUCAUGGAUCCUCCUUACGGUCAUUCCUCAGUCAACCGACUACUGGCUUGCCUACGCCAUCACACUAUUCCUCAUGGGUAUCACCAUCAGCUGGUGUGCUACUUCGGCAAACAACCCUAUGUUCGCGGAGGUAGUCCCUCCCAAGCACCGCACCAUGAUCUAUGCCUUCGACCGGGCUUUUGAGGGCUCAUUCGCCUCAUUGGCCGCUCCUGCUGUUGGCUUGGUCACUGAGAAGAUAUAUGGCUACGACGCCAAGACCGUAAACAUCGCCAACGGAUCAGCACAAGGGGCGUAUGCGCUGUCGAGAGGGCUGCUAACCAUGAUGAUCCUUCCUUUUGGCAUCUGUGUCCUAUUCUACAGCCCUUUGUACCUUGUGUUCAAGCAUGACAGAGACAAUGCCAAGGUAACCAGAUUCAAGGACCAGGAGCUAAUCUGAAGAUAAAAAUAUUUCUGUAGUGAUGUUUCUGAUAAGGAUUCAAGCUUAUUUGUGAAUGUUUUGAUUGUAAAUCAGUGCAAAAGACAAUAUAUGCUAUCAGGGAAAUGUGAUGCUAGUUCUAACAAAGUGCCAACAUUACAAAUA